UGAAGGGAGAAAGGAGAAGAACUGAGGGGACAGCAGCAAUAGGGUCCGGUGCUCACCAUGGGCCCUCCGCAGCACUGCCAGCUGCUGCUGCUGCUGUUGCUGCUCAGUAGUGAUGUUCUCACUCAAGAUGGGCCUGAAAGUGGAAAUUCAGCUUGCUCAAAAGAUGCAACCAGAUUUAAACAUCUCAGAAAAUACGUUUACAACUAUGAAGCAGAAAUAGCAAGUGGAGUAAAAGGAACAGCAGAUUCACGAAGUGGCUCAAAAAUUAACUGCAAGGUUGAGCUGGAGGUCCCACAGCUGUGUAGCUUCAUCCUGAAGACAAGCGAAUGUACUCUGCGAGAGAUGUCUGGUGUGGACGCUGAGGGAAAGACGCUCCUGAAACAGUCAAAGAACUCAGAUGACUUUGCCAGAGCCAUGGCCCAGUAUGAACUGAAAUUUAGCACUCAGGAUGGGAAGAAGGUCCAGCUGUAUUCAGAGAAGGAUGAACCAGUGAACAUUCUGAACAUCAAGAGAGGGAUCAUCUCAGCACUUAUGGUGCCAAUGGAAACAGAAGACAAUCUAAAAACAAUCUCCAUGGAUACCAUAUAUGGGAAGUGCGACAGUGAAGUUGAAGUCAAGGAUAGGAAAGGGAACACAGCAUCAGUUAUUUCAAUUAAUAGAAACCUGAAAACCUGCGAUAACUUCAAUCCCAUCAGAGACUAUGUCAGCCCAAUUGCCCUCAUAAAGGGACUGAACAGUCCACUAGCCACCCUGCUCAGCAGCAGUCAAUCCUGUCAGUACACUAUAGAUUUAAGGAGAAAGCAUGUGGCUGAAGUAGACUGCAGAGAAAACCACCUCUUUCUGCCUUCCUCAUACAAAAAUCAGUAUGGUAUGAUGGCACAAGUCACACAGACUCUGAAACUUCUUGAAACCCCCAAAAUCAACAGCAGAAACUUUGAUGAAGAUAAACUGGAAAAGAAAAGACUUUCCUUGGAAAGUGCUGAUACCAAAUCCCUCCGGCACGGAGAUGCUGUGCUGAAGGUCCUCCAGGAACUGCAGAAGUUGUCAGCCUCCCAGCAGAACCAGCAGAGAGCAAGUCUUUUUUACAAAUUUGUAACUGGACUUAGAGGCUUACACAAUGACACUCUAAGGUCUCUUGUACUGAAGAUGAUGGAGACCUCAAGUUCCAUCACAGUGCAGGGUCUGAUUCAGUGCGGUACCCCAGAUUGCAUGGGUUCUAUACUUCAAAUAAUAAGAACUGGAAAUGUUGAUCCUCUGGUGGCGGACGCAGUCACAUACAGCCUUGGACUCCUGCCUUUUCCAUGUACCAAAAGAAUACGGGAAAUUCUUAACAUGGCCCAGUAUCAGCAAAGUCGAGCUACUUUUUAUGCUUUAAGCCAUGCUGUUACCAAUUUCUACGAGGACAAGAAAACUGUGACACAGGAAAUAAUGGAUGUUGCAAACUUUAUGGAGUCAAUGAUUGGCAAUGAGUGCUCUGGGAAUGACGAGUUAACCUACCUCACACUUAGGGCUAUUGGAAACAUGGGCAAGGCAAUGGAGGUUGCUAAUCCAAACCUGAAAUCUGCUCUGAAGACAUGUAUCAAAAGUGAAGUUCCAUCAAUUUCUGUUCAGAAAGCAGCCAUCCAGGCACUGAGAAGAAUGACUAUUACUGAUGAGGACCGUACUGUGCUUCUGAAAGCUUUCCAAAAUGCCGAUGCUCCAGUUGAUAAACGUCUGGCAGCCUAUCUCAUGCUGAUGAAAGGUCCUUCUGCAUCCGAUCUCAACAAGAUCACUAGAGCGCUCCUAAGGGACAAAAGUGAACAAGUGAAAAGCUUUGUUGCUACCCACAUUGCCAACAUCUUGGACUCUGAGGAAGUAGGCAUCGAAGAUCUUAAAAACAAAGUAGAAGAAGCUCUUAAAGGAUCUCAGAUUCCAGCAGCCAAUGACUUCAGAAAGUUUUCACAAAAUUAUCAGAUUUCCAAACGUAUUUCCCUGCCCGGGAAUGAUCCUGUCUCAGCCAAAAUAGAAGGAAAUCUGAUAUUCGAUCCAAACACCUACAUUCCUAAAGAAACCAUGCUAAAAACUACUCUGCAGUUGUAUGGACUUAGCCCAAUGGAUAUCUUUGAGAUUGGCAUGGAUGGGAAGAGUUUCGAGCCAAUGCUAGAAGCAUUGUUUGGGCAGAAAGGGUUCUUUCCCGACAGUGCCAGUAAGGCUUUGUACUGGGUUGACGGCAGAGUUCCAGAGCAUGUCUCCAAGGCGCUCUUUGACUAUUUUGGUUACUCCAAGGAUGACAGACAGGAACAGGAUGUGAUGAAAGGAAUAAUGCUGAACUUUGAAAAACUGAUAAAAGAAAUGGGAAACAAUGAAGCUCCUGAAGGUAGGGCCUACCUCCGAAUCCUGGGAGAAGAACUUGGGUACAUGAAACUCAACGAUCUCAACAUACUGGGAAAUCUGAUUAUAAAGAGCAUUAAAACUCUGCAGGCCAUUCCAGAGAAGAUUGUGCAGGCCUUUUCUAAAGGUACAGAGGGUGACUUAUUUGUUCACUACAUCUUUAUGGACAAUGAAUUUGAGCUCCCAACCGGAGCAGGAUUGCAGCUCCAAGUUGCUUUCUCUGGAAUUGCAACUCCUGGAGCCAAGGCUGGGGUGAAGAUUCAACCAAAGAAUAUGCAAGCAGACCUGGUCAUUAAACCCUCAAUGGCAAUUGAGUUUAUAACUCAUGUGGGAGCAAACAUCCCAGCAUUUGCUAGAAGCGGCGUGCAGAUGAUCUCCAAAAUAUACCAUGAGUCUGGAAUAGAAGCCCGAGUUGGUUUGAGAGCCGGACAAUUAAAACUCAGCAUCCCUGCUCCAAAGACCCCUACCAAGCUCUUCAGCUUCAGUAACACAUUAUAUUUGGUCUCUCCAACCAAAACUGAAGUGAUUCCACCUCUGAUUGAGAACAGAGAGUCGUGGACGUCUUGCAAACCUUUCUUCGUUGGUCUAAAUUACUGUACUAAAGUAGCUUACUCUAAUGCCAGCUACACAGAUGCAGCACCAUACUACCCACUGACUGGAGAAAGCAGGAUUGAAAUUGAAAUACAGCCUACAGGAUCAGUACAGGAAUACUCUGCAAGUGCUAACUAUGAGCUACAGAGAGAGGAAAAUGGCCUGGUAGACACUUUGAAAUUUACCACUGAGGCAAAAGGUGUAAGACAAAGUGAGGCCACGCUGACCUUCAGAUACAAUAGAGACAAGAAGAUUUUGACCAGUGAUGUCCAAAUUCCAAAUUUUGAUAUUGACUUUGGUACCAACUUCAGAGUCAAUGAUGAAUCCACUCUGGAAAGGAGGGCAUAUACCUUUAUCUUAGACAUCAGCAACAAGAAGAUUCCCGAAGUUACUCUUACUGGUCGCAUAAGAUAUGAUGGGAAGAAAGAUGCAAUGCUGGGAGGUGUCAUUUCUAUCCCUCGCCUACGGACUGAACUCAUAACUGAAGCGUUGCUUCAUCAUUCACUGAACAGGGUUUCUCUUCAGAUGGACUCAUCUGCAACGGUUUAUGGGAACUCGAUUUCAGAGAGAGUUGUUUUCAGAUAUGAUAAUGAGAAGAUUGAACUAGAGUGGAAUUCAGGCACCAGCACGGCAGUGAAAAAGAUGUCUGCCAACUUCCCUGACUUUGCAGACUACCCGAAGGCUUUACAGAAGCAUGCCAAUGAGCUGCUGGAUCGUAAAGUGGCUAAUACAGAUAUGACAUUGCGGCACAUUGUCUCACAAUUCAUUAUGGCAACCCGUACCUGGCUGCAGAAGGCAUCCAAGGAUGUUCCUUAUGCCCAGACUUUACAAGAUAAGCUAAAUGGACUGCAGGAACUGAACAUUCAGACAAUGGGGCUGCCUGUUAUCACCAUUCCAGAGGAACUCUUCCUGAAAAGUGAUGGACGGAUCAAAUAUAUUUGGAACAAGGACAAUGUUAUAAUUAACAUCCCAUUGCCAUUUGGCGGAAGAUCAUCGCAUGAUAUAAGCCUGCCAAAGACUGUAAAAACACCUCCAUUGGUAAUGAAAUCAAUUGGAAUAAAUGUGCCAUCUCAGGAGUAUCAACUUCCACUAUUUACUGUUCCAGAGUCCUACCAACUUCGUGUGCCUUUACUGGGCACUUUAGAGGUCUCCACAAACGUAUACAGCAAUUAUUACAACUGGUCUGCAUCUUAUACAGUGGCUAACACCACAAAGAAUGUUUCCAGUAUGAGAACUAGUUACCUGAUGAAAGCUGAUUCUGUUUUCGACCUACUUUCAUACAGUGUGCAAGGUUCUGGAGAAGCAUUUUAUGAUCAGAAUACAUUCGAUUGCACAUAUGAGAGUUCCCUACAUCACAGACUCCUAGAUUCAAAUUUUAAAUUUAUCAGGACAAACAAAUAUGAACCUACCCUCACUGUAAAACAGACCAUUUCACUUACGGCAUCUAGCACUCUGGGCACUCAGCUCUCCUUUUCUACAGAUACGGAUUUCAGCCAGAAAAAUAAUUUGAAUAUCAACAAAGUACAAAUGGAAGGGGAGUUGAGAGUUGCUUCAGCCUUUGCUAAAGGAAUUUACACUCUCUCAAGCACCUAUAACAAAAACAGCCACGACUUAACUGGGAAAUCCAAUCUGACAUUUGACUCAUCUUACCUUCACGCUACCAACCAGAUAACUGGCAAGAGAACUGAUGAUGUACUGUCAGUCACUUCAGUCUCUAAUAUUCAGAGUGGUAUCAUAACAAACACAGCUUCACUGAAGUAUGAAAAGAGCCGACUGAAUGUGAAGUCAGAAACAAAUGGAAGAUACCAAAACUUCGCAGGUCUCAACAAGUUUGAAUUAAUUUUGGCAAAGCAGAUGGCUGCAGUUCACUCUGAAUACCAAGCAACUUAUGAAGAAAACCGGUAUUACACCAUCCUUUCAGGUUCCCUUAAUUCCCAGGGUCUUGAACUAAAUUGUGAUGUUGCUGUGAAUGCUCAACGAAACCGAGCAGCACAUAAGUCUACAUUAAGGAUUAACCAGGAUGGUUUGGCUAGCAGCGCAACCACAAAUCUGCAGUUUAAUCCACUAAUGUUGCAGAAAGAAAUGAAUGCUAGAAUUGAUGCUUCUGGAGGCACCUUGGCAGUUACUGCUAAGGGGCGCUAUGGUAAACACAAUGCCCAAUUCAGCGUAGAUGGAAGAAUGGCCCUAACGGAAAUAGCGCUAGGAAGUGUAUAUCAGAGCACAAUUCUGGGCAUGGACAGCAAAAAUGUCUUAAACUUUAGAGUUAAUAGAGAAGGACUCAAGUUUUCGAAUAACUUGAUAGGAUCAUACAAGGAAAUGAAUCUUGAGCACGUGAAUGAGCUGAACAUUCCUGGCUUAUCCUUAACAUUUACUUCAAAAUUAGACAAUACCAUCAGCUCUGACAAGUCCCACAAGCAUUAUUUUGAGCUACAGCUACAGCCCUAUUCACUCACAGCUAAAUUGAACAAUGACUUAAAAUACAGUGAAACUGAUGUAACCAACAAAGCACAGUUACGACUGGAGCCACUGAAGCUGACGCUGACUGGUAAUGUGAGAGGAGCAUACAGAACAGAUGAAGUGAAGCAUACAUAUGCCAUCACUUAUGCUGAUCUGGCUGCAAAUUUUAAAACAGACACAGCUGCAAAACUUCAAGGCACAGCACUCAUCCACAAAAUGAACCUGGAUGUUGCAGGGCUUGCUUCCUCAAUUACUAUCAAUACAAACUAUGAUGCAAAAUCCCUGCAUUUCACCAAUGUAGUACGUUCUGCUAUGGCCCCAUUUACUGUCACUGCUGAUGUACACACCACUGGUGAUGGGAGACUAUUUGCUAUGGGGGAACAUACUGGACAACUGUACAGCAAAUUCCUGUUUAAAGCAGAGCCCUUAGCUUUCACAUUCUCCCAUGAUUACAAAGGAUCUACCAGCCACAGCCUAACUAGUGGAAAAAAAUACACUACAUUACUUGAUAACAAAAUCCAUAUGCUUUUCACUCCAUCAGAGCAGUCAAGUGCCUGGAAAUUGAAGAGUCAAGUGAACAAUAAUGUAUACACACAGGAUCUUGGUGCUUACAAUGAUGCAGAAAAAACUGGUGUGGAACUUAGCGGACAAGCUUUAGCAGACCUCACUAUAAUGGACUCACCAAUUCAAGUACCAUUAAUGUCCGAACCAAUUAAUUUAAUUGAUGUUCUAGGUAUGAGGGAUGCCAUGGAACAGCCUCAAGAAUUCAGCAUCUCUGGUUCUGUGAAAUAUGAUAAGAACAAGAACGAGCAUGUUAUCAACCUGCCAUUCCUAGAAUACCUGCCUGCUUACUUUGAACAAAUCAGGGGUGUGAUUCUAUCCACACUGCAGUCUAUACAAAGGUACUUUAAAAGCAUAAAUAUAGAUCAAUAUAUGAGGAAGUACAGGACAACUAUGGAUAAGCUCCCACGGCAGGUGAAUGACUACAUGAACAAAUUAGAUUUCAAAAGCAAGGUUAACGGCAUGAAAGAGAAAUUGGUUGCUUUCACAAAGGACUAUAGAAUAACAACUGAUGACAUCCAAAGUGCACUGGAAAAUGCCAGAAUCAGUUUGCAGGAAGCACUGUCUCAGCUGCAGAUUUACCUGAUACAACUUGAGCAGCAUAUCAGAGAUAAUUAUGAUCAGUAUGACAUUAGAAUAGUUAUUGAAAAACUGAUUGACCAAAUAGUUGAAAAAAUGAAAGUUCUGGAUCAACAGUAUAAAAUCAGUGCAACGAUGAUUAACACUAUUCAAGACUUACAGUCCAUUAUUGCUCAGUAUGACCCAAGCAAAAUAGAAAGCAGUGCCAAAGCCUGGAUUCAAAAUAUGGAUGCUGAGUACAAAAUCUUAGCUCAGGUACAAGGAAAACUAGAACAGCUCAAGAGUCAGAUUCACAAUAUUGAUGCCAAACGUGUUGCAGAAAAUUUGAAACAACAGGUACAGGCUGUUGACAUUAAAAAGCUUCUAGAAAAAAUCAGGAGUUCGUUACCAGUUCAAAAAAUGAAUGAAAUUAUUGAACAAAUUAAAGAUAUUCUCCUCAAUUUGAUGGAGGAUUAUGAAGUUGCUGAGAAGAUCAGUGCUUUCCGAGGCAAAAUGCAUGACAUGAUCAUGAAGUAUGAGAUUGACAAGCAGGCUCAUUUUCUAAUGGACAGGAUGAUACAAUUGUCUGACCAAUAUAAAGUGAAAGAAACUGUCCAAAAGCUAACCGUUUCCCUGAAAAAAAUUGACAUAAGAUCAUUCUUUGAUAAAAUUGUAAGUGUUAUUGAUGAUGCUGUCAAGCAAGUGCAAGCAUUUGAUUAUCAAAAAUUGAUGGAUGAAGUCAACAAAUUCCUUGACAUGGUUAUAAAACAGCUAAAGAAUUUUGAUUAUAACCAGUUUGUAGAUCAAACAAACAACAAAAUCCGGGAAAUUACCCAGAAAAUCAAUGAUGAAAUCAGAACCCUAGAACUCUCACAGAAAGCAGAAGCAUUAAAACAGUAUAUGAAGGAUGUCAAUGUUGCAGUUUCAAAAUUCAUGGAACAAUUAAAAGACACCAAGCUUAUAGCAGUCAUUGAUUGGUUCAGGGACCUCCUAAGUUCAACAGCAUUUGCUGAUCUGAAAGUCAAGCUAAAUGAAAACCUGGAAGAUCUACGAGACAGGAUUUAUCAAAUGGACAUUCCAAAAGAAUGCCAGAGAUAUCUUGAGAAGGCAAGCCAGUUCUACAAUACCAUUGUCGCAUAUAUUUCUGACCAAUGGGACAUUGCUUCUAAGAAGAUUGCUCUUUUAGCUGAGCAGUAUGAUGUAAAAAAAUGGGCUGAAAAAGUGAAUGUGUUUGUUGAAACAGGUUUCAGUGUUCCUGAAAUCAGAACUGGCCUAGUCAACAUACCUGCCUUUGAAGUCAGUCUCCGAGCUCUCCGGGAAGCGACAUUUCAAACACCAGAUUUCGUAGUUCCAUUAACUGACUUGCAUAUCCCUUCUUAUCAAAUCCACAUAAAAAAACUUAAAGACAUACAAAUUCCAGUCAGGUUUACUACCCCAGAAUUUACUAUUCUAAAUACCUAUAAGGUUCCUUCUUAUACAAUUGACCUGAAUGAAAUCAAACUGAAGAUUGUGAAAACAAUAGACCAAAUGAUGUCCAGUGAAUUUCAAUUGCCAGUACCUGACAUGUAUUUUAGAGAACUAAAGAUGAAAGAUAUGCUUUUUUCUGACAUUUCUUUCCCAGAAAUUCAUAUACCUGAGCCACAAAUACCUGAAUUCUUGAUCCCUAAACUAAAUCUAAAUGAGUUCCAGUUUCCUAACAUUCAGAUACCAGAGUACCAACUGCCACGUAUUCCACACACAGUCACUGUCCCUACAUUCGGCAAACUGUCUGGUGCUUUCAGAAUAGCUUCUCCAUUCUUCACACUGUCCACUUUUGCUGGCAUUCAGAACACUACAGCUUCUGUAAACAGCCCAGAAUUUGUAGCCACUGUUUCAGCUCAAGCAACAUCCAGAUUAGAUUUCCUUGCUUUCACUGUGAACGCGGAUGCUCGCCUCUCAGCCCCUGAGAUGCAGCAGCUGAUCCUUAAAGAAACCAUGAAGGUCACCCAUACGCUUCUUAAAGUUGAUCACAACAGUGAAGUGAUAUUUUUGGGGACUUCUGUACAGGGGAAAGCUGAAACUACUACAAGCUUACGUACUACAAAGAAUUUGAUGGAAGUACACAACAACUUACUGGUCAAGCUAGAGAGGAAAAUUUUGAUGCAGAGCAGGACAACAUAUUCUCACAGACUGAACAUCCCACAAGCUGAUCUCUCCAGCCAGGCUGAUCUGAUGAAUGACAUGCUAACAGAGUUAGAAGCAGGACACAUAUCAUUUACUUCCAGUGGUAAAGGAAACUGGAAAUGGGCUUCUCCUGAUUUCUCCGAUGAAGGCACCCAUGACUCCCGUGUCACUUUUACGAUGGAGGGGCCCAUUAUUGCAUUUGCUGCUGAAAACAGGAUAAACGACAAAUACUUGAAAAUCAACCAGAAUGUGAAUUAUGAAUGUGGUCUCCUAAAUUAUGCAACACUUCAGCUUCAGUCUGAAGUUGAGUCACAAUAUGUGGGUCGUAGCACUUUAAGUGUACAAGGCACAGGGCAGCUUGCAACAAUGAAAGUAGAAAUAAAAGGAAAUCAUGUGGCUAAGCUCAAUGGGAGAGUUGCUGGAACCAUAAAUAAUAAUGUUGCCUUUUUGGUGAAGCCCUUUGAAGUUAGCAUAUCAACAAACAAUGAUGGGAAUGUGAAAGUUAGUUUUCCAUUGAAGCUGACUGGCAAAAUUGAAUUUCUGAAUAACUAUGGUCUGGUGCUCAGUUCCUCUGCUCAACAAGUCCAUUGGCAAGCUAGUGGCAGAUUCAAUCAGUACAAAUAUUCCCACAGCAUGUCUGCUGGGAACACUGAAGACAAGAUUGAAGCUCAUGUGGGGAUGAAUGGUGAAGCCAACCUGGACUUCCUAAAUAUUCCUCUAUCAAUUCCUGAAUUUCACAUUCCUUAUGUUGGAAUCAAAACUUCUCAGAUGAUGAAAGGGUAUUCACUGUGGGAACAGACAGGCCUGAAGGAUUUAUUGAAGACUACAAAGCAAUCAUUUGAUUUAAAUCUGAAUGCCCAAUAUAAGAAGAAUAAAGACAUGCAUUCUCUCCCACUUCCCUUAAAAGCAGUGCAUGAAGCAAUUAAUCAGUACAUCAUUUUCUUCAAUAGACAUUUUGAGAAAGGAAGGGACAAUGCAUUAGAUUUUCUCACCAGUUCAUACAACAAAGCCAAGAUAGAGUUUGACAAAUAUAAAGUAGAAACUUCAUUCAACAAACUACCACGGACUUUCAGGAUUCCUGGAUAUACCAUUCCCAUUGUGAACAUUGAGGUGUCUCCCUUUACAGCAGAGCUGCCAGCAUUUGGUUAUGUGAUCCCCAAAGAAAUAAGCACAACAGGCUUCACCAUCCCACUUAUUGGGUUUUCAGUGCCGUCUUACACAUUAGUCCUACCGUCACUGGAGAUGCCGGUCCUUCAUGUUCCCAAAGAUCUGCGCACACUUAAGCUUCCUAAAUUCACAGUGCACAGCCCUUCAAACCAUAUCUUGAUUCCUGCUUUGGGAAACAUUACCUAUGACUUUUCAUUUAAAUCCAGUGUGAUUACCUUGAAUACAAAUGUUGGGCUUUUCAACCAGUCUGAUGUUGUUGCUCGCUUCAGUUCCUCAUCUUCUUCCGUCAUUGAUGCACUGCAGUUUAAUUUAGAUGCUACAACAAGCCUGACGAGGAAAAGGGGUUUGAAACUGGCCACAGCAUUGUCCCUGAGUAAUAAUAAAUUUGUGGAAGGAAAGCAUGACAGCACUGUUAGCCUCACAAAGAGGAACAUGGAAGCUUCAGUGACAACAAAUGCAAAGAUCAACAUUCCAGUUUUUAAAAUGAAUUUCAAGCAAGAGCUUACAGGAAACACUAAGUCCAAGCCUACUGUUUCCUCAGCCAUUAAUUUUAAUUAUGAUUUUGAUACUCUUAGAUAUGGUGCCAGUGCUAAAGGUGCAGUUGAUCACAAACUUACUCUGGAAAGUCUUACAUCUUACAUUUCUGUAGAGACAGCAACAAAAGGAAACAUCAAUGGAAUGUUAUACACCUUAAAUCCAUUUUCUGGGAUGCUAAUCCAUGAGGCAAAUACCUACCUGAACUCUAAUGGAGCUCGCUCCUCGGUCAAGCUGGAGGCUAACUCUAAAGCAGAUGGAAUCUGGAAUGUGGAAAUGACAGAAAAAGUUGCUAUUGAAGCAUCUACACGUCGUGUUUAUGCAGUCUGGGAGCACAAUGGGGAAAACUAUGCACAAUGUACCCCUCUUCUGAGAACUAAAGGGACUCAGAGCUGCAGAGUAACCUUAGAACUGGUUCCUUGGAGUAUGUCAGCAUCUCUUCAGCUACAAGCUACUCAACCAAAUUCCUUCCUGGACAUAGCUUCAGUUAAUCAGGAAGUUUUAAUGAACAUCAACACUGAAAACCAGAAACUUGGCUGGAAGGGUGAAGGCCAAAUUCAGUCAUUAUCUCUCAGUCAUAAUAUGCAGUUAUCAAAUGAAAAAUCAAAGGCACAAUUUGACAUUUCUGGGUCUUUGGAAGGACAUGUCGAUUUCCUCAGGAACAUUGUGUUUCCAGUUUAUGAAAAGAGUUUAUGGGAUAUAUUGAAACUGGACCUCACUACCAGUGCUGACACAAAGCAGUACUUAAAUACUUCUGCAUCCAUAAUUUAUACAAAAAGUGAAGAUGGUUACUUUUUACCUAUAUAUGUGAACAGACUGGCUGACGGCUUCACAAUCACUGUUCCUGAGAUGCAUCUAGAAGCUCCAGAUCCAGUUCUCACAACUCCAGAAUUUCAAGUUCCUUUUACAACCCUGCAAGUUCCAUCGUAUACCAUUGACUUGCGCAAUAUAAAAGUUCCACACAAGCUAAGCAUAAUGCCUUUUGACAUCAAUUUACCCUCUCUGCCAAGAAUGAGAUUCCCCAAAGUAGAUGUAGGAAACAAGUACAUUACACUGGAAGAAUAUAAAAUUCCAUACUUUGAGGUGACAGUACCUCAGUACCAAAUAACUCUAUCUCAGUUCACUCUUCCAAAAAGCAUUUCCCUUGGUAAUAUGUAUGUGGAUCUGAGUGAAGUGGCUAAUAAGAUUGCAGACUUUGACUUGCCAACAAUUACAAUUCCUGAGCAGAAAAUAGAGAUCCCACCUCUCAAAAUAUCCUUGCCUGCUGGAAUUUAUUUCCCUGCAUUCGGUGCUUUGACUGGAUCUUUCAGAGUUGCUUCACCAUUGUAUAAUGUCACCUGGAAAACAGACGUAAAAAACAACAAGGACUCUUUUACAUAUUCCAUUGAUUCUACCUCCAGUUCAACACUACAGUUCCUGGAAUAUGACCUGGAAGCUGUAUCAACCAGCAGACAUGAAGGUGAUGUGUCUGUGGGAAAGAUAACAGGCAGCUUUUCACAUCGUGACAUGAGUGUGGACUAUAAGGAAGAUCUGACUAUGCAAGGAUUUAGAGUCUUGGCUCACACUGCAUUACUAAAGAUCACCAGCCCAACCUUUACUGAUGUUCAGAUGCGUUAUUGGGGAGAUAGGCACAGGAUCUCCUCAUCGGUAUCUUCACCUUCUGCGGGCACCCUGGGUUUUCGUGUUGAGAUGGACAGAGAUAUUCUCCGGGGGAAAAUUUACUACCAAACUCAACAGUCUGCCUCUCGGAAAGAAAUUGACUUAUUAAAAAGUGAGAUAUCAUUCAAGAAGCCUGACCUGAUUCAGAUCAAAACUAACUGGAACGAUGCUGCUGCUACAGACAUGCUGAGUGGUCUAAAAGAAAAGGUACCUACAAUUACGGAGGCACUCUAUAACAGUAUUAACAAGUACCACCGUGAGCAUACAGGGAUGGAAAUCAGUGCAGCCACCCUAAAGCUGAAGAACAUCAUGCAAAACAAGGCUGACGAAGCAUACCACUUAGCCACAAGAAAAAUAGCUGAAAUGGAUCUUGACCUCCGCACAGCUGCCUACGAUGCCACUGGGAAAUACCAAGAGAUGACAGCCAAAGCUAAACAGUUAUAUCAAGGAUCAUCAGAUCAAGCAGUCCAGAUUGACUACCAGCAAAUAAGAACAAAGAUUUUUGAUGCUACAAUGGAUGUAAUAAGGGAAUAUCACAAGAGGGUAAAGCACCUGAUUGACUCAACCAUCGAAUUCCUGAAGAUCACAAAAUUCCGGGUCCCUGGGCUGGCUGAGAAGUAUACUGGUGAAGAACUGUAUGUAAUGGCUACAGAGGAGGCAGCAAAAGCUACUGAUCUAUGCAUUUCAAAAAUGCAAGAGUAUUUCGACGUUUUGAUUGCAUUUGUCAAUGAGAUGGAAGUUAAAGUUCCUGCUUCUGACAGAAUUCUCAAAGGCAGUGAAGUGCUUGAUCAAAUUAAAGAAAUGCUAAAACAUUUGCAGAACAAAGCCAGACAGAUAUUUGCUACUCUUCAUGAGGCUGACUUUGCAGAAAAGCUUACGCAACUGAAACAAUUAGUGCAGCAAGUUUUCCAAAAUGUAGAAGAAAUUAUUAGAAACUUACAAUCGAAAAACUUUGAAGAGAUUAAAGUUCAAGCACAACAGAUGUACAGUGAUGCCAUCAACUCAGACUAUGCAGAAAAAUUGAGAUCCUCGACAGAGAAUAUUAAAACACAACUUUCUCAGUUAAAAGACUUUAGCCAGAAGACAUUUCAAGAGAUUUCAGAGAAAUUACAUCAGAUUCUUCUAUAUGUAAAAGCACUGCGGGAGGAAUAUUUUGAUCCAAGUUUAGUUGGGUGGUCAGUCAAAUACUAUGAAGUAGAAGACAAGGUGCUAGAUUGGUUAAAGAGUCUAAUAGAUGCUCUAGUGGACUGGCAUGCCAAAUACAUUGGAGAUACUGCUGACUUGGUUUCACGUCUGACUGAUCAAAUACAAGAAUUUGUGGAAAACCAUGGCCAGAGGUAUUAUGAUCUGGUUACUGAUGCUGAUGGAAAAGGAAGACAGAAAGCCAUUGAGCUCUCUUCUGCUGCGCAGGAAAAGAUCCGAUAUUGGUCUGAAACUGCCAAAAAGAGUUCUGCUGAAUAUAACAAACUAGUCAAAGUGAAAAUACAGGAUGCCUAUAACCAACUCAGCCAAGCCUAUGAAAGGCUAAUCAGUGCAACACAAAAAUUAAUUGAUCUGGCUAUAGAAAAGUACUCUACGUUCCUCCAGUACAUCACGGAGUUGCUCCAUCAUCUUGAGAAAAUGACAACUGAUAGCAUAAGGCCGUACAUAGCUGUUCGUCAAGGAGAGCUUAGAAUAGAUGUGCCUAAACCAUUUGACUGGCAAUCAAUGCCCCAAUUAUAUGAGGAGGCACUCAGAAAAAAAUUGGAAAUAACACGCAUGUUGAUUCAGAAAGGCAUGGACCAAGACUCCAAGACAUGGAUAGAAUUGCAAACAUUUAUUGACCAGCAGCUUGCUGAUGAGCAACUGAAUAUUCAGCAGAUUAUUGAAAAUAUACAGCAGCGCAUAAGAACCUGAAUGGACAUGUAGAAGAGCUAAAAAUCACAAAUUUGUAUCACACUGUAUUUAAAAGAUGACAGCAAUCAACAUAUUGGAACUUCGGGAAGAUACUGUCUGAGUUUGUACUUGUAAAUGAAACUGAAUAAUCUACAGCGGGUUAUUUUAAUGUGCUUCAAAAGCCAAUAAAUGAAUUCUUUAUUACA